AUGCACUACGAGCAUCCUCCACCGUGCCCGCCAUCGUGCGGCCACUGCCUCGCGUACGACAACAUCGCCAAGUCGCCUUGCACUCAACCUGCUUCUAGCGACUCGAAGUGGUGUGCCGUUCACGAGGAGUUGCAAGCCAAGCUUCUCAAGUCUUACAAGCGCCUCACGCACGCCUUCGAAGCUUUCGACGACUCGCAACUCCCGCCGACCCACGCAGCGAUCUCGACAAGCGACGACCUUCCCAGAUUGCGGCUGUGGAGCGAAGCUGCUCGCUCGAAGUGGAAUUUGGCCCGGCGAGUCAUCGUUGCACGGGCGGAGCACCAUCAGCAGUUCUAUGCGGGCGGCGAUUGGGGACACGCGCUGUUUGUCGAAACGCUUAACAAGGAGCGCUCGCGGAUGGAAGAACUCCUCUGUGCGCUCGAUAGGCGGGCCUACGAGGUCACUCUCUCCCGCUCUUCGGUCUCCUGGAUUCUCCAGCAACCCACCCGUCCGUCCUUCGUCUGCGACGAGGGGCCGCCCCAAUCAGCGUCGACAAAGCAGACGAUCGAAACGCCUCCUACACCUCCUUCGACGCCUCCUUCUCGUCGCGUCAACCUUCCGAGUGCUGCCAAGUCGCCGAAAACUCCAUCCAGGGCCUCGCGUCGCAGAAAGGCGGCAAAUGCGCCAGUCGUUGCCGCCUCGCCCACCUCCGACGUUGACGACUUCUUCGCCGAACUCUCGACGCCCUCGCCCUCCCAAACCGACCCGCAUAUUCUCCUCGACCGCAUUCGAGAAUAUCUCGUCCCUCCGACGGACCUCGCCGCGACCGUUCGACCGGGGACCUGGACGUCUUUCGUCGAGAGCGUCGUCCGCUACGUUGUGCUCCGGGUCCCUCGACUCGCCAAUCUCGUGCUGGCCGCGUCCGAUGCACCAACUUCAGUGCUCGGCCUCCUCCACCUGCUCGAAGCCCGACUUGCCAACCCCGAAUCGCGAGCAGCCGGCGAAGCGGAAGUACGGUCCUUGUGGAGAGGCCUGAAGUUCGCCAAAUCGUCCGCACCGACUCGCGUCGGAACGAAAACCAAGUCGCUCGAGGCCGCAGACGAAGGCUGGCUUGGCGUUGAGGUCCUGGCGGACGCUAUUGACGCCGUAUUUCGCAGUCCGAGGUUGACAGCGUCGGCUGUCGAGGCAGGAGAACCUGUCGAGACAGGAGAAGCUGUCAAGCUUCUCGGCGGGCUGUGCUGGAGGGAGUCGAGUAGGCAGGAUUGGCCGCGAGAAGGCUGGGACCUGUUCUACCAGCUUAUUGGCUGCGCAGGCUGCGCUCUCAUCGCCACGCGCUCACUCGCAGCGUGGAUGACGAACCGCCGUCUCGCUUCCCUCGGUCACUAUCCCGCCUGGCGCGACCCUACCGAAUCACCCGCCGAACGCAUCUUUCGACUCUCCGGCAUCGCUCUCUGCAGCAGUAACGCGUCUUCGGCUGGAAAGCGGGUCAAGCGGAUCGAGCAAAAGGGCGCAAAGGGCGGGAAGGGGAAGAAGACGGUGUUUGUGGAGGAAUGGGAGGUCGGCUGGAUGUAUAUCAAGUUGCCACUUGACGACCUUCGCUCCGCCCUCGUCCUCGACCACCUCGCAUCUCGACCUUCGCAGUUCGCCGUCGUCGCUCGACGAACAGCGGCGGACGAGGUCACGCACGACUCGAGCGGAGAGGGCAACGUCUGCCGCACUAGGUGGACUGUGUCGACCUGCUUCCCCCGCGACACCGUCCUCUCCAGCAUGCUCAAGUCCUCCUCGCCCGAAUCUCGCUUCCAUCCAGCACCAUACGCCGACAGCUACGACGCCAUCAUCGUUGACUCAUCACCUGCGACGUCUCCGACUCACGACGCUUGGUCAAAGUUCGCCGACAGCGUCGCACAAGCCGUCCUGGACGCGCAAGGCGUAGAGUCGCUCGCGGCGCUGACCGUGCGGGAGAAGGACGCAGCUGUGGAACGAGGCGAGAUGCCUGAGGGGGAGUGGGAACAGAGGCAAGCAUGCGCGGUGCAGGCGAAGCAAGACAAGCGGCCUCGAAAGGUCGCCUACGUCUGCGAGGAGAACUUGACGGCCAGACGGAUCUUUCGCGAGGAGUAG